GAAUAGGAAUAGUGGAUGUUUCCAACAUUGAGAUCAUCUCUCUAACUAAUUUUUCUGGUAAAAUAACCGAAAUAACGUGUCGGCAUGUAGGUGUAUCUCACAGCGUCCUGUUGGUAAAGAUAUGCAGGAACUCCCGACGGGCGUCCUACAUCGUCGGCAGUUCGUGUGCCAUUUUAAAAUUAGGGUUAUAUCUCCCGAUUUUGCAUCCUUAGGUACGCCCGUCGGAUUACCCGGGAACUUCCGACACUUGUUUUAGUGCGUCGGAGUUUCCCUUUUAAAACCCACUUCCAAAUACAUAUUUGGAAGAGAACCAAAUACAAAUCUGGAAGAGAAGAGAGCGAACAGAGAGACGAAGCGACGAGAAGAAAGGAAAAGUGAGUGAGACGCCGCCAGCCCGUGUCACCUCUGCCUCGUUCCACCGUGCCGCCACCGCCUUCUUCCGGUCUUUGACGAUGAACAAAGAUUGGAUCAAACUUCAAAAUAAAUUGUCGGUUGAGUAUAGAGAGGGAGUGUCCCAAUUUUUAGAGGUUGCAAAGCUUCAUGUUAAUGAUUCUGGACGAACAAGAUGUCCAUGCAAGAAAUGUAUGAACUCAAUGUGGGAGUCAUUAGAGGGUGUGGAGCGACAUCUAUUAACAGUUGGAAUAUCCCCCUCGUAUGUGAAUUGGAUAUAUCAUGGAGAGCGAGUCAACUUGCCUAGAGGUUUAGAAAGAGUUGCAACUCAUUUACAUCAUGAUGAUGAAGGAACUAGCAACCUUUUUGAACAGAAUGAAAUGUUGGAUCUUCUUAAUGAUUUACAAGUUCCGAUUGAAAAUGAAGAAGAAACAGAAGAAGCUUUCGAGAAUGAAAUGCCCUUUGACGAUGAUCAACAAGAUACAACAAGCUUGUUUGAGGAUUUAAUGAAUGAAGCACGCAAUGAACUAUACCCUGGUUGUUCAAAAUUUUCUUCCUUGAACUUUUUAGUUAAAUUGAUGCGUAUCAAAGUUCUCAACGGUUGGAGUAACAAAUCCUUUGACAUGUUACUAAAAAUGUUAAAAGCAGCGUUUCCAGCGGGUACCAUUAUACCUACUUCAUUUUUCGAAGCUAAACGAAAAUUGCAUGAUUUAGGCCUGGGAUAUGAGUCUAUUCAUGCGUGUAAGUACGAUUGCAUAUUAUAUUGGAAGGAAUUUGGAGAUUUGCAACAUUGCCCAAUUUGUGGUGAGUCUCGAUACAAAGUUAAUGAUGACAAAAGAAAAAAAAUUCCGCACAAGGUAUUGCAUCACUUUCCAUUAAUACCGAGAUUAAAACGACUGUUUGCAUCCGAAGAAGGCGCUUUUGACAUGAGAUGGCAUAAAAAUAAUCGAGUCGAAACAGAUGAUGUGCUAAGGCAUCCAGCUGAUGCAGAGGGUUGGAAGCAUUUUGAUCGUGAAUUUCCUGAAUUUGCUUCAGAUUCACGGAAUGUUCGUUUGGGAUUAGCUUCAGGUGGGUUUAAUCCGUUUGGGAAUAUGAGUACCUCCUACAGUAUGUGGCCUGUGGUGAUAAUUCCUUAUAAUUUACCACCUUGGAAAUGCAUGAAAGAGUCUAAUUUUUUCAUGUCUUUGCUCAUACCCGGUCCAAGAUCUCCUGGUAAGGAAAUUGAUGUUUACCUACAACCGUUGAUUGAGGAAUUGAAACAAUUAUGGACUAUUGGUGUGCGUACUUAUGAUUCUCUUACUGGUGAGUUCUUUCAAUUAUAUGCAACCUUGUUGUGGACCUUUAAUGAUUUCCCUGCAUAUGGUGACUUAUCCGGGUGGAGUAUAAAAGGCUAUCGGGCAUGCCCCACAUGCAUGGAAGAUAAAUCGUCAUUCAAGAUAAGAGGGAAAAUAUCUUUCAUGGGACACCGUCGUUUUCUUCCAAAAAACCACAUUUGGCGUAAAAGUAAGCAACAUGAUGGAAAGGUAGAGUGUAGGUCUCCUCCAGUUGUAAUAAACGGAGAUGAUAUCUUACAACAAUUAGAUUCAUUGAAUUUUCCAGUUCUGAGUAAACACCCAUUGAAGCAAGAUAAAAAAAGAAAGCGAGCUCUCAAUUGGACUAAGAGAAGUAUCUUUUUUGAACUUCCUUACUGGUCCAGACUACUAUUACGUCAUAAACUGGAUGUAAUACAUAUUGAAAAAAAUGUUUGUGACAACUUGGUUGGCACAUUGUUGAAUAUUGAAGAAAAAACGAAAGAUACCACAAAUGCUCGAUUAGACCUACAAGAUUUGAAAAUAAGAAAGGAAUUACACUUAAGAGAAGUCGGUAACAGAUUUGUAAAGCCACAUGCAACAUAUACGUUGACUAAUAGUGAGCGAAUUGCGUUUUGCAAGUUUUUGAAGUCAGUUAAGUUUCCUGAUGGAUUCAUUUCUAAUAUUUCACAAUGUGUGAAUGACAACGACGGGAAAAUAGCAGGUCUUAAAACACACGAUUGUCACGUUUUGCUACAUCGACUUCUCCCUAUUGGAGUUCGAGCAUAUCUACCGAAAAAUGUGUCUAUUGCUGUUACUGAAUUGUGUGGAUUCUUUCGUGACUUGUGUGCAAAAACGAUGCGUAUAAGUGAUUUGAAUCGAUUACAAUCAGAUAUCAUAGUCAUACUUUGUAAAUUGGAGAGAAUAUUUCCACCUGCCUUCUUUGAUGUAAUAAUACACCUUGCCGUUCACCUACCAUAUGAAACCAAAGUUGUUGGCCCGAUUAGUUACAGUUCGAUGUAUCCCAUUGAAAGAAGUUUACGAACGUUAAAACAAUUUGUACGGAACAAAGCACGUCCUGAGGGAUCUAUUGCAGAAGCAUAUGUGAUGAAAGAAUUAAAGAAUUUUUGUUAUCUAAGUGGGAUUGAAACACGAUUCAAUAGAGAUGAUCGAAAUGAUGAUAACAUUAUGGAUGAUGAGGUAUUUGGUGAAUUUGAAGUGUUUAGGCAAAGCGUACAACCAUUAGGGGCGUCAACUUUACGAACUCUAUCACCGGAAGAAAAACAACAAGUACAUUGGUACAUCCUUAACAAUUGUAAAGAAAUAACAGAUUAUCGCAAGCAACACUUGAGGUUGAUACGUCAUCAAGCUCAAACCGCUUUAGACUUAUAUAGAAGACAUGAACGAGCAUUUCCUGAUUGGUUUAGAGCUGAGGUUCUACAAAUGCGUGAGAGAGAAAACCUUUUUGAUGAUUUAUUCUCAGUUGCAAUGGGACCUUCAUCUAAGGUUCGCUCUUACAGUGGAUGCAUUGUUAAUGGGGUACGAUUUCACACGGUAGAGCAUGAUUCUCGACGUACUACACAAAACAAUGGAGUCAUGAUAGUCAAUAAAAACAGUGGCGAUGGAAGUACUGACAAUAAUUUCUACGGCGUUGUAGAUGAAGUGUUGGACUUUCAAUAUGUGUUUAGACGACGUGUUUGGGCAUUCAAGUGUAGAUGGUUUGACACAGAUAACAAGAAAAGUAAUAGGACACGAGUGGAAUUAGGAUGCAAAUCAAUCAACACGUCACAUUUUUGGUUUGUUGAUGAACUAUUCAUUCUUGCGGACGAGGCACAACAAGUAUUUUAUCUUGAUGACCCAAAAUAUGGUACCAGUUGGAAAGUUAUUCAAAUGGUCCAAAAUAAACAUACAUCAGAUGUGCUUGAAGUGGAAGAUGUUGAAAAUGAACAGUUGGAUGUUUUGGAAAUUGUUGUUGGACAUCAUGUAGAUGAACACAUUGAGGAUGACACUCUAUGUAGAGUUGACGUUGAUCCUACAAUGGUGGAAAGAUCAGUUGUUCAGCAUCUUGUUGACAACUUCAUAAACGAUGAUGAUGAACAAUUAUCUCCUCAAAACAGAUCAAGCGACGGUGAAUCAUGACACUUUAGAUGGCUCUGAAUCCACUCGUAAGACACGUGACCACUCUCGAAAUAUUGAGUUGGAGAAAUACACCCACAAACAUGAAAAAAUUUCAAUCUUCAUCACACAUAGAAUGUUAGAGAUGCAUGCCCGACAAAUGGAAGAAAUGAAAAAAAAAAAAUGAUUGAAGAAAUGACAUGAGCAUAAAGAGGACCUUGAACUUAAGGUAUGGACUUGUUCGAAGAUGACGUCUACGAUGAGAGAUGAUGUAUUUUUUUAUGUAUUUAUUGUUUGAAACGAACAUUGUAAACAAACUUUUUCUUUUUUUAGGAAAUAUGUUCUAAAUUUUGUCAAUUGAACUUUGGUAUAUCAAUGUAAUUAAUUUUGUGAA